AUGACGGAUUUGAUCGAUGAAAGUGAAUGCAAACUACAAAGUGGGAUGCUUUGUUUGGUUCUUCGUUUCUAUUUUCAGCAGCUUCCCGCUCUCCAGACUGUCCAGACCAGCGGAUCCAAGCUCCAAUGGAAAGAGAUAGGAGAAUAUCUGAAUAAACUUACAGACCCGGCAAACGAUUUCCUACCACUACCAGUACCAGAUAAUGGGAUCAAUUUCAGUCACACUUUAAAAGUCACCUACGACAAAAUUAUAACGAAAGUAAUAUCAGACAAUGAUUUUUUGGAUCCAAAUUCAAGGACCCGGCAUGACGAGGAAGUAUUUCAAAGCCACAUAAGAAUGACCGAGAAACUACACUUUUAUCUCCAACAACUUCGAGAACUCAAAACAACGAGCGAGGGAGACACUAGGAACUGCUUCGAGGAACUACUCACAUUUAUGGACCACAUGACUAAACUUCAGCCACAGGACUCGCUGGGGUGGGAAGAUAUUGUGCUCGUCACUCCAUCUGAAGCUAUGAUAGAGUCUUUAAACGGAAAUGGAGAAGUUCGAAGCUACUACACCAAGGGUACCUUAGCCUCAAGGAAAAACAUUAAGAUUUGUCAUUUUAAGAUAUUAAAGUACUGGGCCCUACUCUCAAACCAGUACGCUGUUACACUCCGAACUACAAGUGACCACCUCUGCUUAUUGGAUGAGAUCGAAAAGACACUACAGCGUGUGGGGCAGUUUCUUUUAAUGACAUCAUGGAUGGCAAAUGAAGUUAUUUAG